AUGUCUCGACGGAAUAACAAAGGCAUUGGAUCAUUGCACCAGCAGCAUCACCAAAACAACGACGCUUAUCGCAGUCUCGGGAACAGUAUAAAUGCGCAACAACUACAAUCGAUACAUCAUCAAAUAUCCACUUUCAAACAAUAUCUCACUGAUUUCUCAAAAAACCAUCGCAAAGACAUUGAAAGCAAUGUUCAAUUCAGAAACCGUUUCACUGAAAUGUGCUCAACUAUCGACGUUGAUCCACUCAAUAUCAGUAGAGGCAGUCUAUUCAGUAAUUUGACUGGUUUCUCUGAUUUCUACUUAUCUCUCGCUGUACAACUCGUUGAUAUGUGCGUAUCUACCGCAACACUCACAGGUGGUCUAGUCAGAGUUGAAGAUAUUCUCAACGCUCUCUCCCUCAAGCGAAAAACCCAAAUCACACUAAGUGACCUACAGAAGUCUAUUAAGGUAUUGGCACCUCUGCAUGAUAAUCGACAUCAGUAUGAGAUCAUACCUGUUAAUCAAAUCCUAUACAUGCGCUCACAACCUAAAGAACUCAAUAACGACAUGCUAUCACUACUCUCACUCGCACAUUCUAAUCAUGGUUGGAUCGAUCAAUCCCUUGUCCAAAAUGCUCAGUCGUGGACUGUCGAGAGAGUCAGAAAUUCCCUUAGACAGGCUGUGAUGGAUGAUGGUAUUCUUUGGAUAGAUAACCAAGCUCCUCAAUCUAGAUAUUACUUUCCCUCUCUUUUUCAAGACAUUGUUCAAUCUCUUGUAUAA